CAGCGAUGCAUACAGAUACUGGCUGGCACAACAGCAACAGCGACAGCACCAGCACCAGCCACUACCGCCGCCUCCGCUGCCAGCGCAGCCGCAGCACACAUGGCCAGGCUAUUACCAUGGUUGGAGUGGGCAGGAGCAGUACUCCGUCUACACGCGACAGGCCACUCCGGCAUACAAUAGUUGCCUGAGUCCAGCCGGCGUGCCGUUCAAUUUGCAACAGUGCAGUGCUCAAGUACAGCUCGUUCAGGGUCCGGGGGUUCUGCACAACGGUCAUCGGCUAACGCACUCUGGACAGCAGCCAGGCUCACAUAAUGCAUUCUACGGCGUGCAUGAAUCGAUUGCGGGUAGGACCAAAGACUCAGGCAACCCGCCAUAUGAGACGCAAAGGGCAACGACGAACUCGCUGUCCACACAGCGAGCCUCGAACGUUGACGACUUCGAGGUUGCUGAGAAGUCUAAGACUGCUCUGGUGCGCUACGAACCAGAGCCCAGAAUGCCACGCGCUCGCCCAUACCAAAGCCCACGAAAGGAUGAGUACAUGGAGUGGGAAGAGCAGUAUGGCUUUGGCAUUGCCGCCCCUAAGCCAGAGAUGAAAGCCUCCCUGAUGUCACAGUAUCCUCCUGCUGCGAGGAGAGGCGGACCAGGUGACAAACGCUAUGGAGAAGAGCGUCGUGGUAAUAUAAGUCCAGCCUCUUCGUAUCGAGCUCACAUCUACGAUGAGAAGGAGCACAGCGACGACGAGUCUAAGUCUACUCCCGCCAAACCUUCACGCACAGCUCCCUUCCGCACUCACGACCGCCCUGGACGUAAUUUGCGACGAGGCCGGAUUGCUCAUGAAGACGCCGACUCAGAAGCAGAAGAGCCAUCAUCUCAGCCAUUGAAGCCAGCGUUCCAUGCUGUUCAGGCCCGUCGGACUCCAAAAUCGACAUCGAAGGUACCAAUCGCACCGCCCGUCUCCAUGAAACCCGAGCAGCUGCUAGAGCACAGCGUUGACUCCGAUGGGUCUCUACAAACGACCGCACAAGAAUUGUGCGCAGAAAACACGAUCAUCACCUAUCGAUCGCUCAACAACUACGUCCUCAAGAAUGGACUGCGAAGGUUAGUCGGGGAUGUACCAGCUUCGCACAAGCAAAAUGUGUCCGUGAGCCACAUCAAAGAGCUAGCUGGAGGUAUUACAUUGUCAGAAGACAAGCAGCAGAGGUUUGAUGCAGCUCGUAAUCAUGAUCAGGGGGACCGCAAACUGGCUGUGGAAACGAACUUUGUGAUCGACAUCAUUAAGAACAAGCUGUUCCCUGAGCCUGUUGACUGCGCGCCUGGUGAUUUCCACAUUCGGUCAGGUCCGCACAGGAAACCAACAAUCACAAACGCUUCUCGCAUCCACCACCGCUCCAUGACGAACUCAUCAUUACCAUCGCCUCCAAUGAAGCGGGUCAAAGCAGAGCCGGAUACUUCCUCGAAUCUCACGAAUACCAGAGCGGAUGUCAAGACUGAGCUAGCUGCUACCACCACUCGAGCAGUUGGCGGCUGGGGCAACUUCGCGGCACACAUCGCAAGAGACGAUAAGAACAUGGCUGUGAAGGUACGUGAAGAUCUGAAGCGAUUAGGAGGCGACACGUUCCGCCCUGAGUUUCGAGAGACGUACAAGGAUCAGAAGGGCAAGAAGGAGACUACUGUGCAUGAUAAGUCCGGUGGCAGCGCGACUCAAGCUGCCGCUGCUGGGUUGCAGGACAAGACGACUCCAAAGCAUGAAGAGAAAGAAACAGGUAGGGAUGCAGUCAUUGUGGACCGCGCCUACGAUACGGAUUCUUCGGACGGAGGUGUCGCGCUGUCACCUUCAGACUUGGAAACGGAGUCAUGGGUGGUCAUCAAGACGGGGGGUGAGUAGUAUGCAGGGUGGAAGUUGGUUUGAAUGCUUUGGAAGGGUCACGGUGAACGCCAUAUUGGUACCUACGGCACUAGACGAGUGACAGUGACUUGAAUAAUUGACCGAU